UUCAAAAGCACAGAGCGGCGGCGCGGGAUCGGGACAUCAAAGCAAAACUGCUUCGAAAGUAACAGUCGCGGCGCGUAAUCAAAGUCGCAGCGGGAAACAUCAGAACGCGGAGCGCGCGAACACCGGCGGGGUUUCCCGCGAGUCCGCUUGCUCACUCCAGUACAAACCGAUAAAACGCCGCGAAAAUCAGCAGCGGACGCGCGCCCGGUCAUCACGUCCAGUUUCUGCGGCGGCUUGGUGUUGCAUGCGGCUGCUGCCAUGCAAAUAUAUGGCAUGUUGAGCGUAUAGAAAGACUCGGAUUACUGCUCCCACAGAUCCUCCAGUUGCUCCAUAACAGGAACAAGAGUUUGUCAUCCUGUGGGUUUACAACGACAUGGGAAAAAGACCCUCAUCUGUCCAGUAAGAAUGUUUCAGACGCACCGAGAAAGGGAACAGCCCAUCUUCAGCAGUCGAGCUCAUGUGUUCCAGAUCGAUCCUGCAACCAAACGCAACUGGAUCCCGGCAAGCAAGCAUGCUGUCACCGUCUCCUUCUUCUAUGAUGCCAACAGACACGCCUACCGCAUCAUCAGUGUGGGCGGGACCAAGGCGAUCAUCAACAGCACUAUCAGCCCCAACAUGACGUUCACGAAGACGUCUCAGAAGUUCGGUCAGUGGGCGGACAGCAGAGCAAACACUGUCUACGGUCUCGGCUUCGCCACCGAGCAGCAGCUGCACCAGUUUGCUGAGCGCUUUCGAGAGGUGAAGGAAGCUGCACGUCUGGCCAGAGAGAAAUCACAGGACAAGAUGGAGCUGAGCACUGCAGCCCUCAGUAUCGCUGCUCCUCAGUUCUCUCAGGACUUGUCUGAUGAGCUGCAGUCUCCUCCAGUGAUGUGUGUGAACGGGCCGGAUGAUAAGCUCUUCAGGAGUCAGAGCGCAGACAUCACCCUGUCCUCCGAGAAGGAGCGCAUUAAGAAGAUGCUCUCAGAGGGGUCGAUCUGUGAGAUGAAUCUGGAGGUGGAGCUCUUUACUUUACAGGACAGUAAUGCUAAGUUGGUGGCGGCGCUGCAUGAGGCUAACGCUAACGUGGAGCAGUGGAAGAAGCAGCUGGCGGCGUAUCAGGAGGAGACCGAGAGAUUACGAGACCAGGUCGACACAAAGCACACAUAAAAUCACACCUGACAGGGACAGAGAGGGGAAAGUGCACAACUAGAGUCAAGACACCAAAAAUAAUCACAACACAGAAGAUGAUGCCAUUUGCUAUUGAUAGUUGCUUACAAACUAACAGUUAAAAUACUUAAGAAGAAGAUACUUACAGAAAUGUGAAAAAUAAAAAAUAACAUCUAUAUCAGGAGUG